AUGGCCAUUCAUCAUCAUGAUUGUGGGGUGGAAACGCUGUUGGCACUGAUUUCCGGUUUCUUACCGCAGAGUAAAUGCCCUUCGGAUCAUCAGACAUCUAAGCACGUUGAUGCAACGAGAUUAUUUUCCGAGACUUUCGACAAAAAUAACCAUGUCAAACCGAGGGGCGUAAAAUCUCCAAAGGAUUCCAAAAAUCGCGCUGCUAGUUAA